GCGAGGUGACCACCUGCCUCCUGUUCCUCUCCAUCACUGAAGCUUUCAAUGUCUCUCACAGGUGCAUGCAGGACACCCGGAUGUUUCUUCUGGAGCUCAGCAAAGACAAACCAGCAAAGUAUGCAGCUCUCAUGUAUGAUGCGUUUGGGAAGCUGGGCAGUGAUGUGAAGGGCGGGAACGUGAACAGACCUGGCUCUCUACGCGAGUGCCUGUCUGUCAGUGCGCCAGGCUUCAGAGGGCAGUACUGCCAGGUGUUCCUCAAGCAGGAAGAAGUUCAGUACUUUGUUGGGAUUUGUGUUCCUGACUCAUGUACAGAGGCAGAUGUGCAGACUCUGGUAGUUUACGAUAUGUUACAAUCGAAAGAGGAGUCUCUAAUACCCCCGGUGCCAUCUCCACUUCUGUCUGACUCCACGUUGGGCAUCUACAUGACCCACUGCCUUAGUACCCACAUGACCCCUCCUGACCCCUCUGCAGUCAUCUGUCUGUUUGUGUGCGCUGUGCUUGUGACCGUGCCCUUGGUGGCUAGCCUUUACGUGGCCCUUCUCAGGUUGAAGCGCCAGAGGGCGGUCACCCCCAGCCCUGACAUCCCCCUGACCUCUGACCCCAGUUGCUAUGGCAGCCUGCUCUCCAACGGCUCUCCAGCCAGUCAACCAGACAAUAGCAGCCCUGAUGACAGCAGCACAAACUCAGACGGCAAAGCCAGCGAGGACAGCAGCACAAAGAGUCGCUUCUUGUCCUGGCUGCAGAGCCUCUCCCUGCAGGACAGCAGCGCGGGAGUCCUGAGCCUCUCCCUGCAGGACAGCAGCGCGGGAGGUCUGAGCGCGGGAGGCCUGAGCGUGGGGUCAGGCAGCGCUGACAGCUAUUCCUCCCUCAACGGCAUCCGCAUGCUCAGCCUGCUCUGGAUCCUCUCAGGCCACAACGUGCAGCUCAGCGCAUGGAGCAACCUGGAUAAUGCUAAGCGCUGGAAAGAGAGAGUGGAGAGGAACCCUCUCUAUGUGUUUGCAUUCAGUGGUCCUGUGUAUCUGGCUGUGGACUCCUUCCUGCUGCUGGGAGGUCUUUUGAGUGCCAAGUCCCUUUUGGCUUCCAUUCAGAGAUCAGAGGAUAAACUGAGCCCAGGACUUGUGACACAUUUCCUGUUCAAGAGGUUUAAGAGAGUUCAGCCUCUCCACCUCUUCAUUGUGUGCCUGGCCAUUGGUCUUUUCUCUGUCGUCCAGCGAGGGGCUUUCUGGUUCAUCGCUGAUGACGAGAUCCUGAACUGUAAGAAAUACUGGUGGUCAAACCUGCUGCUGGUGAACAAUCUUUUCACCAUCACUGACAUAUGUGCACCAUGGACCUGGUACCUAUCCAUAGACUUUCAGUUCUACAUCACCACCCCUAUACUCAUACUUCUAUACAGAUGGAACAAGAGGGUGCUUGCAGCUGUGGCGGUCCUUCUCAUGGUGCUGACAUGCUUGACCAGUGCCCUCCUCACAGCCGUCUUGCGUCUGCCUGUUCACCAGCCCACCACACUAUCAUUUGAGAGCUACUUUCAGUAUUAUUACAACAAACCCUACACUAGAUAUGGACCAUAUCUGGUUGGCAUCCUUGCGGGAAUCUAUAUGACGACCAAAAGUGGACCCUUUGUGAGACAUCGGUGGCAGGCAGGUCUGGGCUGGUUCUCCUCUCUGUCUGUGAUGAUGGCUGUGGUGGGCCUGGCCUACAGCCUGAGGGAAGUCCCCCCGGGACCCUCCCUGCCCCAUGCCAUCUACCAGGGUCUUCACCGCACCCUGUGGGCCCUGGCGCUGGCCUGGGUCAUCCUGGCCUGUGAGGAGGGCUAUGGAGGGUUUGUGGAUAGGAUUCUGUCUCUGAGCGUGUGGAUUCCUCUGUCCAACAUCAGCUUCGCCUGUUAUCUCAUCCACCCCAUGCUCAUCAUUCUCUACAAUGGCAAACGGGAAACGGCCAUUCACUACACUGACCUCAACUUUUUGUACCUGUUCCUGGGCCACACUGCUCUGAGCCUCUCUCUGGGCUACGUGCUGACCGUGCUGAUUGAGAAGCCGUACCUCUUCCUGAAGGCCAGCCAUGGGAAGCCUCACUGAAGUGGACGAUGUGAUAUCAGGGAAAAAAACACAAGACCCUGUAGGUACUAGGGCUCAUAUUGAAGUGUAUAUAUAUAUUUAGAUAGGAAAGGAUGUAAUAAGGUAAUGUAAAUUAAUUCACGCUAAUUCAGAUUCUAAUGCUCCACAAUGUGCCAGUGCUUUAAAUGGUGAUGUGUGCGCCCCUCCCCAUCCUCCUCUCGCACGCUCUUCUUCUUGCUUUUCUUUCUUUCUUUGCUAUUCCUCUUCUCUGUUCUCAUUUUCCUUCCAUUAUUUUUCCUCUUGUGGUUGAAUGAAUCAUUCACAGAGCCUUUUUGUCCCUAAGUGCCCAUUAAGUCAGAGAUGGUGGUAAUCAAGUAGCCACAUUAUGUUCAAUAUUCCACAUUAUUAACUUUAUGUGUCGGCCAAUUAUUAUUUUUUAUUUUUGUGAACCUGUAAUUAUGAACCAUUUUGAACUUGGCAUUAGUGCUUUUUCAGUGGGAAUGGGGUGUGAAUCUUUUUAUGUCAGAUAGCCCCCUUCAGUGGCCAUAUUAAGUAACUUAUUGGGAGUCGAAAUUCCACCACCAGCCACACAUAGCAUAAUGAAGAAGAAAUUACAUUUGUGGUAAAAGUAAUAAUAACACUAAAAGUCUGAACCCUGUAAACCAUAUGAGAUGGAUAAGAGAAGCCAGUUCAAAUCCAUUUGGACAGUACAUGAUUAGACUUUCUUAACCAUUCAGCUCAAAGACACGUCAAAACAAUUCCUCUUACAUUGUUAAUGGGAGAAGCUGUUAAGGGAUGACAGUGUUAACUGUGUGGGUCAGAUAACUGACCCAAUUGUCUGGACAUAGCUGGCAUUUUGUGACAGGUGACUACUAUUUCUGUACUUGUGUACGACCACACGUUUGAGACCCUUGGUUUUGAAAGAGCUGUGAAUAGACCAAGUAAAUGCACAUAUUUUCUGCUCUAGGAAAAUAAACACAAACAUAAUAAACUAUAUUUAGACAAGAUUGUUGAUGCUUGUCAGUUGGCAUAAUAUCAGAAAAGUGGUCCUAAUAGGCUAUAAAUAUGUCUGUAAUUCAGUCAUUCAUAAACAUUUCAAUUUAGAUAUAGUAACAGCUCCUAAUCGAUCUGGAUUGCUGAACGAUUUCCUGUUAGGAGGAUAUAAAUGCAUUAAAAAAAGAUUUUAUCCAGUAAGGUAUAACAGUUAUAUCAUCUAUAUGUUAAAAUGUU